AUGACUGAUACUGAUCAACAACUUCCCUCAUCAUCAAACAAUACAGGGGGUGAAGGUUUUACAAGUCCGGAAGAUGAAUUGGAUUGGGGAACUCUUUGUUCUCCAAAUGGUUUGGAACAUGAAUUGAUGACUUAUGCUCCUUUAAAAAAGCUUUUGAACACAAUUAUUAAGAAAGUUUCAUCACAAGAUAAAAAACUUAGCUCUGUUGAUGAUAAAGUCUCGGACGCUGCAAAGCAAGCUUUGGAUGCAAAUGAAAAAGCUAAAAAGCUGAAAAGUCAGAUAGAUGCUUCAGAGCAGGAAAAGAUGGGUGAUAAGGAAACGAACGACCUAAAUGCUAAAACAGAAGCAGAGAAACAUGAAAAGAGGCAUAAGGAUUUAAUGGACAAAAUCGGUGAUUUGGAAAAACAAUUACAAGAUUUAAAGAAGCAAAAUGAAGAUUUAAAACAUAAGAAUUCAGAAUCCGAAGACAAGUUAAAGAGAUUAGUUGGAGAUGCAUUAAAGACAAUGCAAACAAUGAGUCAAAUACCUCCUCAACCAACAAACACUAGUUCAGAUGAUGAAAAAAGAAACAUUACAAGUAGUUCCAACAGAAGACCAUUUACUCCAGAAGAGAACAAGAGAAACAUUCAAGAUGUUGAGGUGUUUAGUACCCCUGAGGUUGAAAAAACUGUACAACUCUACAAACCAGCAGAUGAUGAAGAUAAUAGUACUUUGCAAUCAGUGAUUUUGUCUCUUCCAAAACAUGGUAAGGUAACCCAAUUUGAUGACGAGGCUUCACCAACAGAUGACAUGUCAAAUACUGAUACUAAUACUUCCAACAAACCAAAGAGUAGACCUACCUCUACAGCAUCAGGUAAAAGAGGAAAAGAUCUCAAAGAUAGCAAGGAAAGACCUCCAUCAUCACCUCAAAAGAAGAUUAACUUUGCUCCAGCAGCUGUCACAGAUCCUAAUCAUAGAAUUAAUUUUUCAGCAGACACUCAAACAGAAGGUGUUGUUGAUCCAUUCAAGUACAAUGUUUAUGAUGUUAAAAAUGAUUUGGAUAGAGCUCAAGUUUCUAGGGUAAAGGGAGUGUUAUUGUCACAACUAAAUGAUUUGCAAAGAGAAUUGGAUGAUGCAAAGAAGAAGGAAAAGGAUGAUGUUGAUUUGCUUUUGGAUCAAAUUCUAGGUAUCAAAAAUCAAGUCAAUUCUAUUAACAAAAAACUGGACUUGGCUCAAAAAUUAAAGGGACAAGAUAAGAAUACAUCCACCGAUAAUCUUUAUGAAGAAGGCUUGCUUGACGUUCAAUUAGAUGAAGGUAAAAAUGUUAAAGUAUUCAUUCCACCAAAAACUGAAGAAUUGGAUUCAUCAGUUACUGAUUCAAUUAAUGAAUUACUUGGAAAGAUUGAUUACUUGGAAAAUAGGUUAGCUGAUGCAACAAGGAGAAUCGACGAUUUGGAAAAUAGACCUCAACCAGCCUUUUUUGAUGACCACGAAGAAUUAGAGAAACCAGAAAAAUCAAAUACACCUUUCAUGAAUACAAGGGAAACAGUGGAUGCAUCAACCUCUCCAUUCCAAAAGAAAAAGGAAGAUACUGACAACCGAACAGGCACUCCUUCCGAAAGACCUGAAUCAAGCAGUGAUGAUUUUGUUAGCAAUAAGGACUUGAAGAAACUGGAGAAGAAGCUCAUGUAUUACAUUACAACACAUGAUAUGUCCAAUGAUUUGAAUAAUCAAAUUCAAGAGCUAAUCAAGCAAUUAGAGUCAGUAGAAGAUAGACUUGCUCAGAAAUGUGACAUCGCUUCCACUCCGAAUCAUCAACAAUUUAAAGACAUUGAAGACAUGGUUUUGAAAAAGGCAGACAGAGAGGAAGUACAUAACAUGAUUGAAAAGCUUAAGAAUGAUUCUGACAAACAACCAACCAUCGUUCAAAGACCAUUCUCUCCACAAGAGGACAGAAACCCAUCUUCACCGAACACUAAGGUUGAAUCAUCAGGAAUUGAUCAAGCUGAUUUGAAGAAGAUUAAGGAUGCUUUGAACAAUUUAUCUUCUCAACUCUCACAACUUUCCAAGAUGAAAGCAGACAAGAUAGAUGUAUUUAAAGAACUUAGUGAGAAGAAGGAACAAAUUGAUAGACUGGAUCAAACCAAGUCAGAUGCAAAUAUUGUUGCCAGAAAGGCUGAAAGAGAAUAUGUUGAUUCAUUAUUUAACAAGUUGAAGAAGGACUUGGAAAACUCAAUUUCCAUGACCAAUACUCACACAGCAGACCUUUUGGCAAAAGAUCUCGAAUUCCUGAAAAGGUUGAUCGAAGAUAAGGCUGAUAGCGAUGAAAUAAGAAGGAUUAAGGAAUACCUAAACCAAGCAUUUGAUAACAAGACUGAAAAGGAUGGAGAUGGCCUUGCAUCUAGUCAAGCUUUCAAAUGUCUCUCAUGUAAUAGAGCAUUGAAAGGAAUGAAGAUGAGACCACAAUCUCUUAACUUUGAUAAUUUUAUCAGUCACUUACCACCUCCAAAACAAAAAGUCAAUCCAAGAAAACAAUUUUUGAAUGACUCUCUGACAAAAUCGUCUGUUCAAAUUCCUUCCUCAAUACUAGAUGAUGGAAGAAAGAAUAGGUCUGCAGCAGAACAUUUACCAGAACUUAAAAAGUCUGGAACUGCUGCUAGUAGUAAUUUGUAAAUAAAAUCUCUAAGUAUUGAAUU